UGUCAUUGAGUUACAUUAAGAAGUGUCCUGUUGUCUUUGAUACACUGUACUUAUUACCAUUCUUGUCCUACCCUCAGAUCGUCGAGUGGAGCCUCGCUUUACCAUCCUGCCUGUGAACCAGGAGGUGGUACCAGGAGGCAGCGUCAACCUGACCUGUAUGGCCUACGGCUACCCGAUGCCUAGUGUACGGUGGAUGAAAGCAGGUAUGGACCUGGACGACUUGGACAAUCUCCCCCUCGGGCGCAAUGUCCUGAAGCUAGGGGACAUAUACGAGUCCGCCAACUACACCUGUGUGGCAACGAGCUUGCUGGGGACCAUAGACACCUCGGCUAGAGUCACCGUGAGAAUAGUUUGCCCAGUGGUUACAGUUACUGCUCCGGAUGACCUCGAACAGAAGAUUUGUGAUUCUGACAACAUUUUCAUCGUCAAGGUAAGGCCAGAUGGACGAGCCAAGAUUCUGAAUGAUUUGACAAAUUCGAUAAACCUGUAUGCAGAUGAUCGUCCCAUCGUCGGAUUCAUCAGGAACGAUGUCUGUAACGUUGAACUGACAGAGGAACGCUACAUGCUGUUUAUGGCUGGAGAAGCUGUAAAUGUGCCUGGCAAAAAAUUCACGCUUGACCACACCGUUCUUGCAAUGCCCAUGACUGGUGACCUCAAGGUUAAGGUAAAGGAGAUCCGUCCCCUCUGCCCCGUUGCCUAA